GCAGCAGCAGCCUUGCCCGCGCCACGCUGCCACUGCCAAGCCAAACGCCACCGCCGUGCCCCUCCGCUCAAACUCCACACAAAAAUCUCCAGCCCACUCCCCUUCGGCGCCGAGGCUCGCACCGGCCGCGCCGCUCCCCCAUGGCGUCCACCGUCUCGCUCCUCCUCUCCUCCCCUCGCCCGCUCCACCGCGCAGCCCCGUCCCUCCUCAAGUCCCCCGCGCCACGCUUUCCCCUCCUCGGCGCGACCCCCACCGCCGGCGUGGGCGUGACCGCGCUGCGCCCGCGCCCGCGCUCGCUCCGUCUCCUCGCCCCGCCACCGCGCGCCAACAACGACAACAGCGACGCGGUGGGGGCGCCCGACCGCCUGGUGGCGGCGGUCGCCUACCUCUACCCGUUCCUCGACGGCGCGCACCACGGCCGCUUCCUCGUGGCCCAGUUCCCCUUCUUCAACGCCCUGCUCGGCCCGCUCGCCCCCGCCGCGCGCCUCUUCCACUCCUCGCCGCUCACGCCCUUCCUCCUCUUCCUCACCCUCUACUUCGCCGUCGUGCGCAACCAGCAGGCCUUCUCCCGCUUCGUCCGCUUCAACGCCAUGCAGGCCGUUGCGCUCGACGUGCUGCUCAUCGUCCCCGACCUCCUCGCACAGUCCUUCGCGCCCUCAGGCGCCGGGAUCGGGCUGGACAUCUUCCAGAGCUUGGAGAACACCGUCUUCCUCUUCCUGCUCGUCUGCCUCGUCUACGGCGGGGGCGCGUGCAUGCUCGGGAUGACGCCACGGCUGCCCAUAGUUGCAGAUGCAGCCGAGCGCCAGGUGAUGUAACCCAGCUCCAAUCUUACCCAUGAAAAAGGGAAACAUAGUCUGAUGAUAUAUGCAAACAUACCCACGGUUCGUUGAUGUUUCAAAUCAUCAUUCACAAGUUUAGUAUAGUACAGCAGAUGUUUACGGUUUUAUUACUUAUCAAUUUAAUGGAUGGAAUCAUGGAAGGUUGAUACAAUGGCAUUACAAUCCAAUCCAGUGUAUGUUCAAAUGAGUUUGAAUUGUUAUUUUAACUUCCAAUACAAGCUGCAUGUUACGA